AUGUCUGAGGGCAUCGUUCAAGCGCUGUACCUGUCUGUGGCCGUGAGGGACAAGUGCAAUUCACCCCUCACGAUGAAUUCUCCCCUUCUCUCCCUUCUCCCCACAAGCGCUAAGGGACCGGCGCUGCCACCAGCUCGGAGCCACCUUGGCCUCAGCCCCCUCGGUGACACGGGUGACCCUGCGGGCGGCCUCGGAGCCGCCAGGAGCCCCGGGAGCGGAGCUGCCCCCGCCGGGCCGGGGCUCCCGGUGCCAUUCGGGGCGGACGAGGCUCUACAGGCAGCCCCAACAUCACCCCCGCAGCCCAACAUCUCCCCCACAUCCCUCAGCAUCUCCCCCCAGCAUCACCCCCGUAGCAGCACCCCCGCUGCCCCCGAGCAUCACCCGCACACCUCCCAGCAUCAUCACCCCCGCUGCACCCCAGCAUCAACCCUGUGCUCCCCAGCACCACCACAGCCGCCCCCCAACAUCACCCCUCCAGCAUCACCCCCAAACUCCCCGGCAUCACCCCCACCCCCCUAUCAUCACCACCCCCCAGCAUCACCCCACAUCUCCCCAGCAUCACCCCCUCAGCAUCACCCCCUCAUCCCCCAGCAACACUUCGACAUCUCCCAGCACCACCACACCCCCCAGCAUCACCCCCACAGCCCCCCAGCAGCCGCUUCCAGCAUCACCCCCACAUCCCCCAGCAACACUUCGACAUCUCCCAGCACCACCACACCCCCCAGCAUCACCCCCUCGCCCCCCAAGUAUCACCCGCACAUCCCCUAG